CGGCACUGAUCCUGAAAGUCACACCACAGUGGAAGCCAUGCUGCUGCUUGUGAUAGGGAUUUCCUUGUUACUUUGUAUUCUGCUGUUUUUGGGUACCACUUACCUCGAAAGUUCAAAAGCUGAGUAUCCACCUGGGAUUGCGAAUCCAGCGGAGCUUCGGAGGAUUCACAUAGUAUCCACGGGGUUAACAAUUCUGGGGAAGACGCUGGAGAGAUUUGGAAUAUGCCGCGAGAUCACACUCUUUCGUUUUAUGGUCCAGCUGGGUAAGCGGAGACUGGAGAACGACCCGGAGCUCAGCAUGAAAAACUUGACAUUUGAAGGCGUGCCGGUGAGACUCUACCAGCCCAGACUGCCCUCUGCUGGGGACAGAAAGGGAGUUGUGUUCAUCCAUGGAGGAGGAUUUGUAUUUGGGAGUAUUGAGAGCUACGACAGCUUUUGCCGACACAUGUCAAAGAAGUCUGGAGCUGUGGUGGUUUCAGUCGGGUACCGCCUGGCACCGGAGCACAGAUACCCUGCAGCAUUUGAUGACAGUUUAAAUGCCACGAUCCACUUCCUCAAGACAGCAAAGCAUUAUGGUGUAAAUCCCUCCUCCGUUGUCAUUUGUGGAGACAGCGCUGGAGGUAAUCUUGCUGCUGGCAUCUCUCAAGUUCUGGUCGCUAGGACAGAUAUUCCGAAACCUUUGGCUGUGGCUCUGAUAUACCCGUCUGUCCAGAUGAUUGAAUACAACUUACCUGCAUACCAGCAAAAUGGUAUGGUGCCUCUUUUACUCCGAGAGCGCUCACAGUUCUACAGACUGACCUAUUUAGGAGGGGAUUUGUCCAUGUCAGAAGGAUUGGUCAAUGGUGUCCAUGUUCCUCCUGAACUGAGAAAGAAAUUCUCGAAGUGGUUGGAUGCCGGUAAUAUCCCUGAUGGGUUUAAGGUUAGAGGUUUUAAACCCCAUGAGAUUUCUGACUUUAACAAUGAAAUAUAUCAAAGACUCAAGCAUGCCUUUGACCCAGCUUGCUCUCCGUUGUUAGCCGAGGACGCUGUCAUAUCCCUGCUGCCAAAGACUUACAUUGUGACGUGUGAGUAUGACGCUAUCCGUGAUGAUGGUAUACUCUACAAAAAACGGCUGGAAGAUAACGGAAUACCGGUCACCUGGUAUCACGUUAAAGAUGGCUUCCAUGGAAUGGUCAGCUUCUUUGAUCAGCCAGCCUUUGAAUCGGGGAAACAGGCCAUGGAUAAUUUUGUUAACUUUGUAAAAGAGGCCUGA